AUGCCAAAGAUUCAACUUCGCAGUAAUUCAGUAGCAAAAUAUAUUUAUAAUCAAGAUAUUGGAGACCUUUUAAGUAUAGUAAAUAAUACCAAUACAAAUGACGAAAAAAGUUUUUGGGUAAAAUUUGCAGAAAUAGGUCAAAGAGGCGGCUUUAACAACAAAAAAGUAUUUGAAGGACUUUGUCAAAUAAUGGUACAAAUUGCUGAUCGUGAACAAUAUAAAAAAAGAUUCCAAAAUCUUAAAUAUUCAGAUCAAUUUUCUGACUUUUUAGUUAUUCUUGCAAGUCUUAGCCCACGAGCGUAUAAUAUUUUUAGGCAAAAUUUUGCAGGUCGUACUAUUCAAAAUAUAAGAUUACAUUACACAUACUCACUAUUUACACUUCAUGAUCCUGAGCUUUGCUAUGAAAAUGUAGUACACGUUAAAAGACUUGUUAAUACAAUCAAAUAUACUGGUCCAAUUAUUGCGAUGUCAGACAAUACUAAACUUAAAGAAAGGCUUGGAUUUUCAUUUCUUUAUGGCUGUAUUGUUGGUUCGACACUUUCGACAGAAUCAACUAGAGUUUCUUCAUAUGAAGAUAUAUACCAAAUUAUUGAUACAAUUAAGUCACAUAAUGCUAUUGCUUCUCAAAUUCCUUUUUCAAAAUUUUCUCCUUGUGUUAUUGCAAUGAUUGCAAAUAAAGGAAAAGAAAUAGCAGCAAAUAUUUUUGAACUAUAUAAAAAGUUACUUGACAUGGCAGCACAUCUUCAACUUUCAAUUCUUGGAUUUGGCGCUGAUGGGAUUUGCCCUAUUUAUCCUAAUGUCAGUCCUAUCAUUCGAAUUACAGAUUCUCUACAUGCAAAAAAGAACUGUUGUAAUGCACUUUUUUCUGGUGCACAUCUUUUGUCUCUUGGAAAAUACUCAGCAUGCUAUGAUCAAAUUCUUGAAUUAAGAAAAAACCCUCAAAGUAUUCUUUACAAAAAGGAUGUCGAAAAUGUUAAUCAUCAGGAUGAUGGGGCUGCUUACUAA